UUACUAUUAUUAUUUUGUAGUUCACAUUUUAGACCGGUCGUGUUUCGUUUCGUAUCAAAAAUGUGUGCACUUAUUUACGAAACUCCGUGUGUAUCUCGUAUUUAUAGAAAUUUAUUUUUGAUCGCUCUAAAUGUGUAAAUUCGAGUUUGUUGACUUUGCGAGUGCGACAAUAAUUUUUUUUCGAAUUUUCGUGAAAACAAUGUCAAAAUGGGAAUUGUUACCAAAACUUUAGGAAUUCUAUUUAGCCUCUUGUUCGAGCAAGAGAUUAUGUCAUAUGUGCCAGCCGUUCCAUCCACCACAUCUAGUCGAAGUCCGAGAGGUUCACCUCAACCGUCCCCGGUCGCGUCGCCCGGCUUAAGUCGCCAUCGAACCCCCGCACCGCACAGGCGCGACUUUGAGGCGAAACUCCGAAAUUUCUACCGAAAACUGGAAAGCAAGGGCUACGGUCAGGGACCGGGCAAAUUCAAAUUACACAUCCGUCGUGAUCAUCUUCUCGAAGAUGCCUUCAGACGUAUCAUGUCCGCCAACAAGAAAGAGUUGCAGAAGGGAAAGCUCUGCGUGGUGUGGGACAACGAAGAGGGUCUGGACUACGGAGGACCGUCGCGCGAAUUUUUCUUCCUACUCUCGCGCGAACUCUUCAAUCCUUACUACGGACUCUUCGAAUACUCCGCCAAUGAUACUUACACGGUACAAGUUUCGCCUAUGUCCGCCUUCGUGGACAACUACCACGAAUGGUUUCGAUUUAGUGGGCGUGUUUUAGGUUUAGCGUUAGUUCACCAAUAUUUAUUAGACGCGUUUUUUACGAGGCCCUUUUAUAAAGCGCUACUACGUUUACCAGUCGCACUUUCCGAUCUGGAAAGUUUAGAUUUCGAAUUUCACCAGUCGUUGCAGUGGAUAAGGGAGAAUGACGUGUCGAUGCAGGGAGAGCUCGAGUUAACCUUUUCGGUUACGGAAGAAGUUUUUGGUCAGGUACUCGAACGCGAACUGAAACCGGGAGGGAGGAAUGUGCCUGUUACUGAAAAAAAUAAAAAGGAAUACUUGGAGCGCGUGGUUCGAUGGCGGCUGGAAAGGGGCGUUUCGGAACAGACCGAGUGCCUAGUCAGAGGCUUCUACGAGGUCGUCGAUCCGAGGCUCGUGAGCGUCUUCGACGCGCGCGAACUGGAGCUCGUAAUGGCGGGAACGGCGGAGAUCGAUCUGGUCGACUGGCGACAGAACACGGAAUACCGCGGCGGGUACCACGACCAGCAUCCCGUGGUCGUGUGGUUCUGGCAGGCGAUCGAGAGGUUUUCGAAUGAGCAAAGGUUGCGUCUGCUGCAAUUUGUGACGGGCACGUCGAGUAUACCGUACGAGGGAUUCGCGGCGUUAAGAGGUUCCAUAGGUCCUAGGAAGUUCUGUAUAGAAAAGUGGGGUAAACCGAAUAGUCUUCCUAGAGCGCACACAUGUUUUAACCGUCUUGAUUUACCACCGUAUCCAACGAUAGAGGUCUUGUAUGAGAAAUUGCUGCUGGCGGUUGAAGAAACUAAUACGUUUGGAAUUGAAUGAAUUCUAAGCGUUCAUUUUUUUUGGUUACGUCGAGUGAGCUCAGAUGAGACGAAUUGUGAUGACUAUUUUUUUUACCACUGAACGAUGUUUGAUAUUAAACGAGUUGUGACUUAAUGCAGCUGUAAUAGUCAAAAAAUGCCAAUUUUAGCAUUUGAUACGUUGUAAAUAAUUCAUGUAUAGUAUUAUCGUUACAUAAUAUCUUUUGGUUGCUUCUAAUUGUAGUCGACAGGUUAUAGUAGUACGAACUACUUAAAAAAAAAUUUAACUUUAUUUAUUGCGUUACACAUUCUUAAGUUACCAAUUUUAGAAGUAUUAAUGGACUUCCUUUGUAUGUAUAAAUCUUUUACGAUUAGGUUAGCACUUUGUGAUCAAGCAAAUUCUAGUCACCGAUUAUUAUAAUUAUAAAACAAGAA